AUGCCAUGUUCAGGCAGCCCGAGAUUACAGGCUGAGAGCAGCAAGCUGCUGCUGGGCAAGAAGCAUGCACAAACACAAACAACACACGCGCAGAAAGGCCCCGUCGGACUGCCGGACAAGCCAUGCCGCACCCGGUUCGCGCCGUCGCCCACGGGCUAUCUCCAUCUCGGGUCGCUGAGGACGGCCCUGUUCAACUUCCUCCUCGCCAGGGCCACUGGCGGCCAGUUCAUCCUGCGCAUCGAGGAUACGGACCAGGUAAGUUCCCACUGCGUUGUACUGACGGGCAUUUUGGUGACUGCAGGCCCAGAUAAAGCUGGCCCGUAUGGUCCUUACAGACAGUCUCAAAGGCUGUCUCUCUACGACCAGCACAUUGACACGUUGCUACGGGAUGGGAAGGCGUACCGGUGCUUCUGUCCGCCAGAGGACCUAGAGGCUCACAAGAGAGAGGCCCACAAUCUCCGUCUCCCGACUGCCUACUCCGGCAAAUGCCGCAGUCUCUCGGCCGACGAGUCGGACGAGCGGGCUAGCAAGGGCGAGCCAUAUGCCGUGAGGUUCAAGAGCAGCACUGCCCCUGCGCUGGUGAGAGACCUCGUCUACGGGCGUUUCAAGAAGGCGGUGGGCGAGGAAGAUUUCAUCAUCAGGAAGCGUGACGGAUUUCCCUCGUACCACCUCGCCAACGUCGUCGACGACAAGAACAUGGGUAUCACCCACGUCAUUCGGGGUGCUGAAUGGCUCACGUCGACGCCCAAGCACGUCGAGCUAUACGACGCCUUUGGGUGGGACCACCCCCAGUUCGCCCACGUCGGGCUGUUGACCGACAUGCAGAGGCAGAAGCUGAGCAAGCGGCACGAAGGUGUCGACAUGUCCUGGUACCGCGACAGACUCAUCGUCCCUGCUGCCCUACUAAACUUUGCCGUCCUCCUGGGCUGGCACAAGCGGGGAUCCAAGUCGGAGUUUAUGACCCUGCAAGAUAUGGCUGAUAGUUUCUCUCUCAAGUUCACCAAGGGCGACAUAAUCGUGUCGCUCGACAAGCUGUUCCAUCUCCAGAAGGAGCACGUCCGGCACCUCAUUGAUAACGAGACGCCAGAUGAGGCGCUGUUGGAAACCUAUUUACUGGGUCCCAUCAGCACCGUCCUCGAGGGCACCGAGGCUGCCAAGGAGGCGGUGGCGACUGACUCGGCGCCAGCCGCCGAAGCCGACGGCAUUGACCCAGACUUGAUCGGCGAGCUGGUGCCGGCCCUCAGGGGGGCCGGGGCGGAGGAGACGCAGCGACGAGACUACAUCCUGGGCCUGCUACGGAUCAGUUCCAACACGCCCAGCACCGACCUCGCGCAGUUUGUCGGCGACAACAGGUAUGCCUUCUGGGAGAUACCCCAGCCGGUUCUCGCCGCCGCCAUCAGCCAGGCCUUCGCUGGGAAAUCUUUAGCCGAGGGCGUUGCGUCUGCUGCUGCUGCUGCUGCCGCGGCUGCCACAGCCAACGCCGCCGUCAACCACCUGCUAGCCCGCCUGCGGCGCGAGGACGAGGCGUCGUGGACGCCUGCCGCGCUCAAACCGCUGGUCGACGCGUGGUGCCGCGAGGUGUCACAGCCUGCCGAAGGCGGCGCCAAGUCCGGCUCCGAGGGCUUCAAGGCGCUGCGGUGGGCCCUGCUCGCCGGCCAACACGGCCCGCCGCUCGCCGCGCUCAUGUGCCUCAUGGGCAAGCAGGAGACGGUCCGGCGCCUCGAGACCGCCGCGCUAGUUGCUGCCGAGGCAGCCGCCGGGCGGUAG